CCGCCCCCCCGGUAGCCCCGGGCCCCCCUCCGCCCUUCCCCGGGGCCCCCAACUCCCGCAGCCUCGGGGACUCCCCUCUGUGCGCCCCCUUCCCGCGGCACCGCUGGAGCCGCCUGCCCCCCUUGCCCCCAACCCCCGCUGCCUCGUGGCCCCUCUGUGCCCCCCAGCCCCGGGCUCCCCUUGACCCCCCACCCCGCCGCCCCUCUGUGCCCCCCAGCCCCGGGGGCACAGGGGCAGGGAGCCGUGUCGCGUCCCGUCCCCGCGUUCGCGGCUCCCCCCCCGGCCGGGACUGGCCUCCUGCCCCCAGCGGGUUGCCCCAGCGCCGCCAUGGACCUGGUGUUCCUGCUGCUCCGCGGCCUGCGGCUGGCCCUGGACCUCCUGGGCUUCGUGCUGGACGUGAACUUCUUCCUGGUGUCCUCGCUCGUGUCGGUGCUCUUGUGGCUGGUCGCUUUGGUCUACAACCUCCCCGGCACCGCCGUGGCUGGCGUGCUUGCCUGCUGGAAUGGGCUGCUCGUCUGCCUGGCGUCCCUGGCUGAAGCGGCCUGCUGCCUGGUGCUCGGUGUCCUGCACAGCCUCGCCAGCCUGCUGCGCAGCUGCUGCUCCGGCCUGGAAGGACUCAAGGUGGUGGGGCACCUCCUCUCUCACCUGUCGCUGCGGAGCAGGGAGUUUCUCCACCGCGGGCUCUACAACCUGCUCGGCUCUGGCCAGACCCUGGUGAGGCAGGUGUGUGAAGGCCUGGCCAUCUGCAUGAGCCUGCUCGCCUACUUCGUGAACAGCAUCAUCAACAUGUGCCUCAUCGGCAUGCAGAACCUCUUCACCUUGGUGGUGGCCCUGUGGGAUUCAAUCGUCAGCCCUUUCCUGAGAGUCACCGACCUCCUGGCUGCCUUCCUCGCGCACGUCUCCAGCAGCGCCAUCGCCGUGUCCAUUCUGCUGUGGUCGCCCUGCCAGCUGGCCUUCGAGAUUCUGGCCUCCGUCAUCAAGCUCUUGAUCAGUGUCUUCUUUGUGAAUAUCUAUGGCCUGGUCUUGCUCAUCCUUAUCAUCGUCGUCAGCACUUUUGUCUUCAACCCUGGGUUGCUGUGGACGCUGGCAGGCCAUGUGCUUGGGUACUUGAACACGCUGCCGUCCUACCACCGCCUGCAGAGGGAUGUGUGGCGGCUCUAUCAGGUGGCAGUCCUGACGCUGGGCAUGGUCAUGACCUCCCAGGCGUGGCGCAGGUUGGUGGACUGGAGUCUCCAGGUGGCCAACUGGAGCAGAGGAGGCAGAACGAUGAACCAGGAGAGCAACCAGCGAGGGGCAGCCACGCCUGCCCCGAGACCAGCAGCUGCUGGCAGGGGUGCGCUGGGAGGGGGCGGCCAGAUGGCAGGUGGGGAGCACGAGGACCAGCCGGAUGUUGAGCAGGUACCACAUGCACGUCCGGCUCUGAGUCGAAGCGCUCUUACAGGACAGCGUCUCCAGCCACCCAGGGAAGAGCCGAGCACCUCCUGGGCAAAAGCUCCAAGGAGAGAACAGCUGAACGCGGCAGCUGGGGAUGGUGAGACUGCUCCGGACAACGAUCCCUGGAUGCUCCUGAAGGAACAAGAGGAACGUAAGAAAUGUGUCAUCUGUCAAGACCAAACCAAGACAGUCCUGCUUCUGCCUUGCAGGCACCUCUGCCUGUGUCAGGAGUGCACGGAAGUCUUGCUCCAGCAGGCCAUCUACCAGCGCAACUGCCCUCUGUGUCGCCAGAUGAUUCUGCAGACGCUCAACGUGUACUUGUGAACCCAGCAGCGGGUAGCUUGGAUAUUUUUUCCAGGUCAAGGACCAUUCCUGUUGCUGCUUUAUCCAGAAGCAGAAUUGCUCUUCCCAGUGCUGCCUCGAGUUUUCCAAAGACCUGAGGGUGGUGCCAAAAGGGGAAGAGGCUGUUGAGCGUGUCUGUUAGCCACACUUGUAAUAUAACUAGCCUGUAACUGUCGCUAGCAAGCACAAUAGCUGAUCUCUGCAGCAGGCCAAAAGAUUUAUCUUUUUGUGUUGACAUUUGCUGUUUCAGGGCCUGUUGCCUUGAGCUUACAGCAGUUUGAAAUCCAAAGCGGAGCUCAGAAAGAUGCUGUGGUGCCUCCUAGCCAAAGCUGAUGGAAAAGCUGUGCCCUUCUGGGAAUCACAGGGGCUAGUGCAAGGCAAAGGAGGGGUUUGCUACCCAGGUUUGGCCAUGACCUGCCUGAAAGCUGCCCGUCAGACUCAAUUCUUACUGCUCCUUCCCCCUCCUGCCAACUCAGCUUCCAGGGGAGGGAGAAGUGUGCCCCUUUUUUAAGGCUGGAGCACACUCCAGUUUUUAGUCUUCGCUACCAAAGGGCUGAGCUUGGCUCCCAGCUGGAGAACAGCAAGAUUUCUGGGGCCACAGCAGUACUUUUAGUAUCCUGGCCACUGUGGCUUUGAGUUUUGAUCUUCCUCUUCCCCUUGCUGGGACAGCGAGGAGCCGCAGAGAACGCGGGCUCCCUGCAGGCCGGCUGACUGCAGAGCUCAGUGUUGCAGCUACUUCCACGCGUCACCUAUGCAAGAAUAGCAAGCACAUACCAGGUUACUCACAUGUGGGGCUGGGGCUGGGGUGGGAGUUACUCUUUCUGCAGAGACAGUGGUGCUGCUUGGAGAGGCCGGGAGGUGGCCCGCGUUCACACAGCCCUGCCCUAACCUCGGCGGCAGCAGUGCGUGUCUGAGCUAACUCUGGAGAAUCCUCCCUGGAUAACACAGAUUCUACAGCCCAGUCUCUGGGCUUGGGCUGCCAAGGAGCUGGGUGGUUCAUAACAAAGCUUGCUGUGCCCCAGGCUGGGCUGGCUAGAGUGAACAACCAUUUGGGAGGAGAGGGGACACUCCAGUCCUCCUGGGAGCCCACUGAGACAUUCCAGCUCCUGGUACAAGUGCUGUGUAUCAUGCUGUGGAUCCACAGCAGUACCAGGGCCACAUCUGUAUUUGAUUAGAGCAAGAUUCCACUGCUGUUCUGUCUUACUGCCUGUCUGAAAUUUGAAAUGCAACUAAUUUUAUUUAAAAGUGUCCCCAGAAGUCAAGCCAUGCCAUCUGCUGCUGGCUGGGGAGAGCUAAGGCAGCUCAUCCUGGCUUAGUCAACCAGCACCGUUCCAAGAAGUUACUGGGCUCCAAGAGAGCCUUGCACUGAAAAGCUCUCCCUUUUCCGGCUGCUUGCCUGGGGUCAGCCACGCUCCAGAGCCAAUUUCAGCUGGAGCACUUAAAUUGGAAAGAGCCUCAACUCCUAGAUCGCAAGCCAAGAGCCUGCAGGCGGCUGGCGUGGUUUCCUCACUGCUCCUGUUAACUAAUAAUUGAUAAGUGAUCUAAGUCCAAGUGGAGACAGCAAGAAGGCCAGGCCGUGGUGGGAGACACUUCUUCACUGCAGACUUGACCUGUGACAAGGACAAGAUACGAUCUUGUUCAAGAGCGGCGUUGCUCUGGGGGGGCACUGCGGGGGGCUGGUUCCCCAUGUGUCGCUAAGGGCAGGAAGGGCUUCCUAGGCCAACUGGGCUCCUGAGGACUGACAGUGCGUUAGAAGGGCCUAUUCCCUGGGCUGUCAGCUGCUUCCAUCCCACGUACUGGGGCUGCAAAGCUGCAUGGCCUGGCUGUGUUGCUCAGCCCCUUGUCUUUGCCAUCCCAGUCACACCACUCGUGUUAGUGUUCACCAUCCCCAGCAACUUCUGCAGCUAGGGUGGCCGAGCCCCCCCAGCAGCGAGCACAACCCCACAGGCCGCCUUCCUCGGGGAUCCCAACCCAGCCUGUCCUGGGCUCCCGCAGGGAUCCUCCCUCCAGAGGAGCUGGACAGCCGGGCCCUCCCUCUGGGUGUCUUUGGAGGUGCCUGGGGGUGGGAUUGCUGGCCGUGCUCCUGGCUGCAGGCUGCAAUGUGUGGCUGGGGACAGCUUGUGAAUGCUGAGGCACAGUGUUCCCCAGGUGCGUUUUCAGGGGAGGAAGGACACCUUCCGGGACUGCAGUUUCUCUCUUCAAGCCCAUUUCUAUUAUAGCAGUCACGCUUGUCUUUUUAGGGCCUGUUUGCGAUUUAUAAACAAAGAGAGAAAGCUUUGCCUUAAGGUUAACUCUUUGCACUAUGGACUAGGUACUGGGCAGAUUAAAGUCUCCUUUCCCCCAAA